AUGACCUCAAGUCAUUCGCCCACCUUGGCCUACCAAAAUGCUGGGAUUAUAGGCGUGACCCACCGCUGAUUUUUUUAAGCCUGCAUUUUCCCAUGUAUAGAUCGGGAAAAUAAUGUUGAACUCACAAGUCUUGCAGUAGGAUAAAUGAGAUAAUAUAGUCUGUAGCAUACAGUGAGCACUAAGUAAAGUUGGCUGCUAUUAUUAUUUCAUGAGUAAUUAAAAUGCUUUCAUAAAAUCAUUUUAGUAUGAUUAUGUUGGCUUGCUUUUCUCUCACCAGGAGUAGAAUUACUAGGGGACCAUCAAAGUCAUGGCUUCUGCUGUUAACCCUGUCUCAAGAUGAAAUUAAAACCUGGAACUGGAGCAUAUUCUAGAAGACAGAAAGCAGGGCAAGGCCACAGACAGACUUGGGCUUUGGAGAACUAAGACUGGUUAAAUUCCAUACCUGCUACUUACAAGCUUUGUGACUUGAGCCUUGGCAUGUAAAAUGUCUAUAACGUACACAAAUAAUCAUAGCGACCACACGGAUUGUGGAGGGUUAAAUUAGAUGAACUUUGCAAAACAUCUAAUUAAGCGACCCACCUAAAGAAUGUCCUCAAAGAACUAUGGUUAUUUUUAUUACUCCUUUAAAAGUGCAGGAGUAGUUUCUUUAGAAGAAUACAAGCGUUGGGGUCAGAGAUAGUAACAGAACGUUUGAGGGCAUUUUUGAGAGUGUGAUAAGCUUGUCAAUAUUUGUUCCUGCUAAGGUUUGGACUGCCAAGGAUGGACUUAAAUUGCUUCAGAAGGAAUUUCAGUUGACAAGAAGCUUGUCCUGUGAGAUGCUGAAAAAGGAUAGAUAGCAAUCUUUCUAGAACAAUAUGGGUUUAGUGCAUACCAGCCUUGGAAUCAGGGACAAAGGAGAGAAUACUUCAUCCAGUCCCACCUGUGUUUAAGUGGUGGAAAGAAUAUUGAUUUUUCUGUCUGUAAACAUGUAAGCCUUUAUCCCACAGGAGGGUUUCAUCAGGUGCACGAUUAAAAUGUGUCUGUAUAUUUUCUUUUAAAGAGAAAAUGUGCUUCCUUUAGAGAACUUAUUUAGUUGCUCAUCUAAAAUUAGUGACUCUUAGUUAUUGACCCAGGACUUCUUUAGAAUUCUGGGUAUUAUUAAAGGAAGUUUUCCUGAUACACUGUCUUCUGCUUUAAUUCAUUCACUCAACCAUGCUGCAAAUGUUUAUUGAGAACACCUAAUAUUCCAAGCACUCUGCUAGAAGUUAUUUAAAAAAAUUUUUUUAAAAGUGGACAAAACAGAACCUCAUGUAACAGUAUUCACAGUCUACUUACUGCUCUUAUAACCUCUGAUGGGUUUUAUGGAAACUCUUUGCAAAGGAACACACUUUGAACCAUUUUUUAAAAAUCAGAUUAUUUUGGCUACAGAGAUAUAUAUCUGGAGUAUUUGGAGACAGGCUUAUCUCCACAUUUGCCUGGAAUUCCUGUAUCUAGAGAUUUCCUGCCAGCAGUGUCCCUAUACGCAGUGAACAGCAGCCUGUGCCUUGCAGGAGAGGUGCCCAUCCUUGAUAGCUCAUGUAAAAUUAAACUUGGGCUGGUCGUUGGUUUACUCUGUUAUGAAGUAGAAGCUCUCAGUGUUGCCACUUUUAAUGCAUGGGAGGAGAAUUUUCCUUAAAAAAAAAUCAUGGCGAUGUUAACUCUCCCAGCCGACUAGUGGCACUAAGGAAAACUGCUGCUUGAGUCUGAAUUGCCAAAGGAAGAAAGCUGCAAUUACAGUACAUUUCCCUAUUACAAAGAGCAUCGGCUUUGCCAGGAAGAGCCAUAUGCAGCACAAAGCACACCACAAAAGAACUUUGGUAGUGAAAUGACUCUGUCUUCAUUCACAUAUGCUGGUAGCAUGUUUAUUCAGUGUGUGCCUCUGCGGAGAUAAGAGCCACUUCCUUCAGAUGCCCUAGACUGCCGUUUGUGUAGCUGGAGAACUUAAUGAGUAAUGGAUGUGCUUGUCUGGCCAGUAUAAAGUAUUUCCACAGCCUGUGGCUGUGUUUAUAGAGAGCGGGAGAGAGACCACAGGCAGCAAUUUGUCUUCUUAGGUAUCAGCAAAGUCUUCUCUUUUAACAACUAGAAGAUUUAUUUUUAACUGCUUGACUCAGUGUUUGUCAGAUGAUUCGGACCAUCAAACUGCAGAUUGAAGUCCCCAGCGCGGGGGAAGCUAGAAUGGCAAGGGAAAGGGGGCUGGCUGGGAAAAGGGGUGGGAUUUUAGAAUCGUGCCUGUGUGGCUCUGCCUCCCGAUGUGGGAGAGAGUUAAGGGCUUCCAGCGGCAUGAGUGUAUUUGCAGGUCAAGCUGGGAACUAAAGGUGCUCCAGCUGAGGCUGCAACAAAGGAGGACGAGAGAACAACUAGUGGACCAGGGCAUCAUGCCACCUUUGAAGAGCCCAGCGGCAUUCCAUGAACAGAUAAAAAGCUUGGAACGAGCCAGAACCGAAAACUUUUUGAAACACAAGAUUCGGAGUCGACCAGAUCGUUCUGAACUUGUCAGGAUGCACAUUUUAGAAGAAACAUUUGCAGAGCCAUCCCUGCAGGCUACUCAGAUGAAGUUGAAAAGAGCUCGACUAGCAGAUGAUCUGAAUGAAAAGAUUGCUCAAAGACCUGGCCCUAUGGAGCUGGUAGAGAAAAACAUCCUUCCUGUGGACUCCAGUGUUAAAGAAGCAAUUAUAGGCGUUGGGAAGGAGGACUAUCCCCACACUCAGGGCGAUUUCUCAUUUGAUGAAGACAGCAGUGACGCUUUGUCUCCGGACCAGCCUGCGAGUCAGGAGUCACAGGGGUCAGCCGCGUCCCCAAGUGAGCCAAAAGUUAGUGAAUCGCCAUCUCCGGUGACUACAAACACUCCAGCCCAGUUUGCUUCAGUGUCCCCAACAGUUCCUGAAUUCUUGAAAACUCCUCCAACUGCAGAUCAGCCUCCCCCUCGGCCUGCAGCUCCUGUCCUCCCCACAAACACUGUGUCCUCAGCAAAGUCUGGCCCAGCGCUGGUGAAGCAAAGCCAUCCCAAGAAUCCAAAUGACAAACACCGUAGCAAAAAGUGCAAAGAUCCCAAACCACGGGUAAAGAAGUUAAAAUACCACCAAUACAUUCCACCAGAUCAGAAGGGUGAGAAGAACGAGCCGCAGAUGGACUCCAACUACGCCCGCCUGCUCCAGCAGCAGCAGCUGUUCCUGCAGCUGCAGAUCCUGAGUCAGCAGAAGCAGCACUACAACUACCAGACCAUCCUGCCUGCACCAUUCAAGCCACUCAAUGACAAAACUAGUAACAGUGGGAAUUCAGCUUUGAACAAUACCACACCUAACACACCAAGACAGAAUACAUCUGCUCCUGUGAGAAAGCCAGGACCUCUGCCUUCUAGCCUGGAUGACUUAAAGGUGUCAGAACUGAAGACAGAACUGAAGUUAAGGGGUCUGCCAGUGUCAGGCACCAAACCAGACCUCAUUGAGCGCCUGAAACCCUACCAGGAAGUGAACAGCAGCGGCCUUGCUGCUGGGGGCAUCGUGGCAGUGUCAUCGUCAACCAUUGUCACCAGUAACCCAGAAGUCACUGUGGCCUUGCCGGUUACAACACUACACAACACUGUGACUAGCCCAGUCUCUACUCUCAAGGCAGAAUUGCCAUCUACAGGAACCAGCAACGCAGCCCGUGUGGAAAAUGUUCAUUCCCCUCUGCCCAUUUCACCAUCUCCCUCUGAACAGUCCAGUCUCAGUACCGAUGACACAAAUAUGGCGGACACUUUCACCGAGAUUAUGACCAUGAUGUCUCCUUCACAGUUCUUGAGUUCGUCUCCUUUGAGAAUGACAAAUAAUGAAGACAGUCUGAGUCCUACCAGCAGCACUCUGUCGAACCUGGAACUGGAUGCAGCCGAGAAGGAUCGCAAGCUUCAGGAGAAAGAGAAGCAAAUCGAAGAACUGAAGAGGAAACUGGAACAAGAGCAGAAGCUCGUGGAAGUGCUGAAAAUGCAACUUGAGGUUGAAAAACGAGGGCAGCAACAGCGGCCCCUGGAACCCCAGCCCAGUGCCCCAGGUCAUUCUGUCAACAAGUCAGAUCAGAAGCACAGCAGCCUUGGCUCCUCCAUCAAAGAUGAGGCCUCACUCCCCGACUGCUCCAGCUCCAGGCAGCCCAUCCCAGUAGCCAGUCACACUGUAGGCCAGCCCGUCUCUACAGGUGGCCAGACCCUUGUUGCCAAAAAGGCUGUAGUUAUCAAGCAAGAGGUCCCUGUGGCCCAGGCAGAGCAGCAGAGUGUCGUCUCAAAGUUUUAUGUGAGUUCCCAGGGACAGCCACCGCCUGCUGUUGUUGCUCAGCCCCAGGCUUUACUGACCACGCAGACUGCUCAGCUCCUGCUCCCAGUGUCCAUCCAGGGCUCGAGUGUCACCUCAGUGCAACUCCCUGUAGGCAGCCUCAAACUCCAGACUUCACCACAAGCAGGAAUGCAGACUCAGCCUCAGAUAGCAACUGCUGCACAAAUACCAACUGCUGCCUUGGCCUCAGGCUUGGCCCCAGCUGUACCUCAGACACAAGACACGUUCCCACAGCAUGUGCUCAGUCAGCCUCAACAAGUCAGAAAGGUUUUCACAAACUCAGCAUCAAAUACAGUUCUUCCAUAUCAGAGACAUCCUGCUCCAGCUGUCCAGCAGCCCUUUAUCAAUAAGGCCUCCAACAGCGUUCUUCAAUCCAGAAAUGCUCCGCUUCCAUCCCUGCAAAAUGGACCUAACACACCCAACAAGCCUAGUUCACCCUCGCCGCCUCAGCAAUUUGUCGUCCAGCACUCUCUAUUUGGGAGCCCAGUCGCCAAGACAAAAGAUCCCCCCCGCUAUGAGGAGGCCAUCAAGCAAACACGCAGCACACAGGCCCCCCUGCCAGAGAUUUCCAACGCACACAGUCAGCAGAUGGAUGACCUCUUUGAUAUCCUCAUUAAGAGUGGAGAGAUCUCCCUCCCCAUAAAAGAAGAACCUUCUCCUAUUUCCAAAAUGAGACCAGUGACAGCCAGCAUCACCACAAUGCCAGUGAAUACAGUGGUGUCCCGGCCACCACCCCAAGUCCAAAUGGCACCACCUGUAUCUUUAGAACCUAUGGGCAGUUUAUCUGCCAGCUUAGAGAACCAACUAGAAGCUUUCUUGGAUGGAACUUUACCCUCAGCCAAUGAAAUUGCUCCAUUACAAAGCAGCAGUGAAGACAGAGAGCCCUUCUCUCUGAUCGAGGACCUCCAGAAUGACCUGCUGAGUCACUCAGGUAUGCUGGACCAUUCACACUCACCCAUGGAGACUUCUGAGACCCAGUUUGCUGCAGGUACUCCCUGUCUGUCUCUCGACCUGUCAGACUCAAACUUGGAUAACAUGGAGUGGUUGGACAUUACCAUGCCCAACUCCUCUUCAGGACUCACUCCUCUCAGCACCACCACCCCAAGCAUGUUCUCCGCCGACUUUCUAGACCCACAGGACCUACCACUACCAUGGGACUAACGUCACAGAUUUCUUAUCUGAGAGUUGAUGAGGUUUAAGAACAUGAAGAUUCUAAAAGGUCAGUUUUUAGAGAUAGCUCUAUAGUUGCAUUGUUGCAAUCAAAAUAUGUUGUCACAGAAAGAAUAGGUGGAAGGUCAUAGCCUGGAACCCAAGUUUGAAAACAUUUCAUUGUGUUCAGUAGUGAAUUUCUACAGUUUAACAUAGCACAGGGCCUUCUGAAAAACACACCAGUCAAAGACGACUCAUAUGUUUCUCCAGACUUCAGUAAAGAAUGAAAAGUACCUUUACAUAAAAAACAAAGAAGAGUAAUAUAUGCAGCAGUGACGUUAGGAUUCUGGUAAUUAACUACAUUUAAAUCUCUCUGAUAACUUUAAGACCCUAAAUAAAAGGCAGACAGCUCCACUCAAAAACUGAGGCUGAUGUGAGGGAGGUGAGAGGUCACUGCACUUGGUACUUCCUAGAGAUGGCCAGAGCCAGGCCCGAGACACGGCAGAGAUCAAAGGCAGUAGAGAGCCCUGGCCGGUUCAAUGACCGCUUCUGGCUAAAGACUUUUGGUUCUAUUCAGAAACCUGUGUUGUUUUUUUUUGAUGUUGUAGUUUAUUUUGUGAUUUUUGGAAUCAUACUUUAUAUUUCCAAGUUUAAAUUUAAAUGCAAGAUCUUUCACCAUAAACAGAAGAUACCUACAAAAUACUGUCAGAAGUCCAGGUAUACUGAUAACACUGAAAAUUCUAUUAGCAACCUUCUGGGUUGGUUAGAUUGAUUUUAAUGUAUAUAUUAGACAUUUGUAUGUAUGCUCUGACAUUGUGAUAUGUACAGCCUACAUUGGGGUAAGAAAAUGGGUAUCCAAGGUCCUACUUUUUUAAUAGCUCGAAUAUUUCUAGAGUACUUGAGCCACGUGUAUUUCUGUAUUUAAAGAAUUGCUGACUAACUUUCAGGUAACCAGACCCAUCUCAAAGAACCAAGAAAAGGCUUUAGCAUGAAAUAUCUUUCUGAGCUGGUGAGUUAGAAGAAUGGAAGGUAAGGGGAAGGUCUGUCAUCUACCCAGGACAUUCCCAUGAUGAGUACAGGUCAGACUGUGCCAUGAGGUGGGCCUCCAGGUCCCCGCCCUGGCCCUCUUUCUUCUGUCACUAACCCUGGUUAUCAUUUUACAGGCUUGUAACUGGAUGUUCUACCAGAGCUCUCACUAUAUUGUCAAGCCUAAGAUUGAAAAACUGGAGGCUUUAUUAGUGUUUUUUAUAUAGAAAACAGUUAUUACAUAUUUGUUAAGUCAAGUCAUUUCUUAAGAAUUUUCUAAAAUGCCAACUAUCACAGGAUUAUUUCAAGCUAGUCAUUGAGGUAUAUGACAAAAUGUAAAUAACAAAAAACUGAAAUCUACCAAAAGAGCAUGGAGGUUUUUCUUAAGUAAUAAUAUUGUGCUCUCCACCUCACCCUUGUGUAAACCCUCGGGUCAGGUUGGUUCCCCUGGGUCACAAAAUGGUAAAUGUUCCACACUGACAUGCGAGAGGCAGCCUGACCCGUUAUUUGGAAAGAAUUUGUGAAUCAUUUCUGGGUUUGUGUUUUGCCUAAGAGCUGAUCUUAUUUCUGAUUUGUGUGUGUGUGGUUUAUAAAUUUUACUAUGUGUAACAAAAGUCUGCUUUUCCAGCAUGAGCACGCUGAAGCCCUCUGCUCACUGGCACUUCCUGACUCAAAGGCACUAACAGUGCUCAUGUGCCUUCCAGGCGGUUCAAGGCAGAGGCCACUGUGCUCAGUGUAGUCUGUGAUGAAUAGUUUAAGUGUUCAGAAAUUGGUAAACCAACGCAUGGGAUACAGUAACUCUCUGUUAACCAGAACACCGUCAUUUGACCAAGCCCUACAAGAGUUUACCACACUAGACGUUCUGUGAAUCCUCGAGUCAGUUCCAUUGAGAGGGGCCUGUCUCCAGGGCCAGGCUAUUUACUUGGGAAAGAAUUUUUCUUACAGUUCUUGGCCACAGUGUUUUUGCUGAGGGUUUCUGUCUGGGCUUAUCAGGUCCAUACUCAGACCCUGAGCAUCUUCUUCAUUCAGAUUUGAAUGGCGUAUUAAAUUAGCACCAAAUAUCAGUGGGACUGUAGGAGGUAACCGAACACUAGUGCCAUUGACUCUCAUUGAAUAACUUUAUAUUUCCAUAAUCCUGAAUUGUAUAGAUAAGUUUUCUAGCUCUCUGGUCCCUUUUUUGCUUUUUAAAAUAGGGUUUGAAACAUGCCACAGGAAGGUUGCUCUCCAAAAAUACACAGUGCAGUGCAAAAAAAAAUGCUAUCUCAUUAGCCUACUCUCUUGACUAUGAAUUGCUAAAGUCCCCACUUCACAUAUGUGUUUAAACCUUUAUAAACCAGUAUUUCAUUUUUAAAAAGGCAAGGCGUCUCUAGCCCAUUAAUUCUGCAAGCCACUUCAUUUGCACCAUUCCACUUGACCCUCCUCUCCCCUGGCUUGAGUCACCAGCCAGGCACCUGUGACACGAGUGCUGCUCUCCAGGAUUUCCACUGCAUGUUCCAGGUCAGAGUGAGGACACGCUGUGUGCCCACACUCAUGUGACAUGACCAAAGAUGAGGCCCUGUAAACAAGGCCCCUCUGACCCGACUCAGUGCACGUGAUGGUGAGUGCAGUGAGAAAGGGUGGAUGUUGGCUAAAGACUGGUUGUUGUUGUUUAGGUUAGUGUCACAGCCAUUACAGCACAAGUCAAAGUCGCCAGUUGAAUUUUCAUUAUGCACGUGUGUGGUUUAAGCAGUGGUACUGUUGUGUAUCAUAUUGCAAAGUAUCAUACUGCCAAGAAAGUAACUCCUAGAAAGGCAUUAUCUCACAUCCCCAUCUUACUUUCCUACAUGUUCUCAAAACACAGUAGUGUCAGCCUUACCUUUGUGCUGUAUGUAGAUAAUCAGAUCAUCCUACUGGGGGUGGGAUGAAUUUUAAAAGUUAUACCAAAACUUCUGUAAAGUCUUGGAAAGUCUAGGGGUAUGUGGUCAUCUUGUACAUUUCAGCAAAGCAUCUAUUAGGAAACCUCAUAGGACAGUGUUAGUGGUUCACGUUCUAGUGUUUUUUCCUGAAAUGUGCAAUCUACUGUAUAAUAUUGCCACAUAAUUGUACAUAGAUGUAUUCUGAAUUUGUGGAAUUUCUUGCUUAGAUACUAUUGUGUUUGUUUCAUAUGAAUAUUUUUGUAAUUCUAAAGAGAUGUUAUUUAAAUUUCCUUCUUAAAAGCCGCAUGGUUCUGUGAUCCAUGUAACUGACACUUUUUGGCUUUCAGCACUGUUUAGAAACAGUGGCAAAGGCGGGGUGGUGUUGCCUGCAAGCUGCUGCCUAUGGAAGGCAAAGUCAUAGUAAUGAGAUAGCACCUCUGAACUGUGCAGUCAGCAUACCCUGAGCGAUGGCUCAGGAGUGCACUACCUAUUUUGUCACCAGAGCUGACUCAGGCUUCCUGGACCCUCAGCUCCAGAUCAUUCCAGGCAGCAUAGCUUUCUUCAGAGUCCUUUCAGAAUUCCCAGGCUGAAAUCAGCCAUAGCAGUUGACAAAAUGGCUGUCCCCACAAGUGAUGGGAUAGUCCCUUUACUGUCCUCAAAUGGACUUGGCCUUAGAGACGUGGCAAAGCACUUUGGCAGGGUUUAAAAUAUUUGUGAGAAGCCCACAUUUCAGUAUACAUCCUCACCAGCUUCCAUGCACCCACCUGCUGCUAGCCUCACAGAAGUCCUGGCUGUCACCUGGGUGGGGAGCUCAUGGUGCCGCUGGGGACUUUUUAGAGAAAUGUAAAGAGAACAGCUAUUCCGUGUCUACCAGCAGAGCAACACGUGUCAAUGUAACCGAAUUCACAAAUAACUCUCCAUUUUUCAAUAUCCGCUGCUGUAAACAUGAAUGUUGAAUACUGACAACAGAACACCCAUACACACCACCCCACCGCCCUAGAGGCCACGAAACUAUCCCAAACUUAUCAAAGAACGUUAACUGGAAGGCCAGGUUUUUCAAGGAACAUAGCUGACAAGUGCAUCAGUGUGUAUCUGGAGAGCAUCCUAACUGCAUUUCAACUCAUCUUUUAAGUGAUUUCAGUCAAAACUGGAAAACAACUAAGAGGUAGUAAUUUUUUUUCCUGGUUCAAACCUUCAAUAACUUGCUCAUUCAGCAGUCUCUCUGAGCUACAUUUUUAUUUGUAAAGUGACUCUGUCUGCAUGGCAAUAAGCAGGUCCGUGUUUUUUCCGCAUUCACCCUUUCUUGCAGUAUCCAAGGAAACAUCAUUACAAAGGGUUUCUACCUGAAAUCUUUCAUGGAAGGCCUACAAUUCGAAAAGCUGCACAUGUUUACAGAAGAGCUCUUACCCUCCAUGCAAACACUUUGCUCUGUGAUGUCACAGUUUUGUGACAAUAAGAUGGCAAUCUCGGAUCUACAAGGUGCUGUCGGGAAUCAAAUAAAAUAUAUUAUCAGAGAUAUCAUCACAUCUAUAGUGUUUAACAGAGCUUUAUGCCAACUACUAAGACAAAGCUUUAACAAAGUUUAUAGAAUACUGAAAGUCAUAACAAUUACCUCUCUACGUGAUGCUGUAAGGAAUCUUGCUAAUUUGGUAGGAAGAAGAAGCAUUUAGGAAAGGGUUUAGUAUCUACCAAAAGUACUUGACCUCAAGUAACCAACAGUAAUGCAAACUUGCUUUAAAGGAACCAAAGGCAUUGCCAAGUAUUUGCCAAAAGGAGGCACUUUUUAUUUAAAAUUUGAGACUAAUGAGAUCUCAAAAAUCAGUCCCAAAAAGGUAUUAUCCAUUUAAGGUUAUAAUUUUCACAAAGAUGUAGAUAUUUCUCUAUUGUUUUCAUGUAAAAUAGCAUAGAGUCGUUUUGUUGGUUUAAGAAUAACAUUCAGUAGUAAUACAAAGUUUUUUUUCUAUGUAGAAAUUAGUUUUCUUUUCUUGCUUGCAGUAGAAAUGCAAUGUGAUAGGUGUUUCUCUUCUUCUUUUCAUUGUCACAUUAUGUCUUAGCAUCUCACUUUAUGAAAAAAAGGAGACAGAUACCAAUCUGCAGAGCCCUGCUUGCUAAAGCACUCGUUUAAUCACACAAAAUUAUGGCAAUCGGGGGUCCAUUCAUGUAUUGCCUUUAUGUUGUUUUUUAAAAGAAAAACCAUGAUGCCUUUGUAUUUGCUGUUUGCACCCCUGAAAUCAAUUCCAUAUCAUGUUUGAAUGCCAUACAUUUUGCACAUGUACUGUACAUAGGUAAUGCAUACUGUAUUUUUAUAUGUGUGCACAUUUAUCAUCAGAUCUUUUGUACAUAGUGGCAGUAUUGUAGCUGAUCGGGAAAUGUUUGAUAUCUCAGCAAUUUUGCAUUUUUGUGUCUCAAAUAAAAGACAUUUUGAUGUACUAUGA